UACUAAGCAUUUGAAAAAGAAUAAGAAGAAAAAAAAUAAGAUAACUUGCGAGUAGAUUGGCUGCAGGGGCCAACCCGCCGGUGAGACGGCUCUUCUCCGAAGCAGAAUUAGGGUUUUGAUCUAUCACCUCAGCCCCUCGUCGUCGUCUCCUAUGGCGUCUUUCGAGAAGGAUGCCGCCCUUUAUGCCGUUUCUUUCGACGCUCUGACCAUGUGACAGAUGAUUUCUUUCCCUUGGACUGGGAAGAACUGAUAUGAUUUUAGGAAUGAAGUGGCUACAGUGGGGAGACAAAGGUGAAUUAGAAAUUCUUGAAUAUGGGAUUCAGGAGGAGGAGAGGAAGGUGGUGCUGAGAGGAGAUCCUAGUCUUUGCAGAAUCAUAAUCUUACUCAAAACUAUGGUCAUUACGAUACGUGGAGCAAGAUGGGGCUAUUUGGUGGAGCUGCAAAGCCAAAGUCAGUGGAUUUUCCAAAAUAUGUUUAACAGCUUCUGCAUCAGUUUUUUUACAUCUUUCUGCCGCCUAGCGGACUCCCGCUACCGAGGAAAUAGGAGCAUGCCAUUACGUUAAAAAGAGUUCUUUCUAUCAGUGUCAAACCAUACCUAUAUCUUCAGGUUCAAAAAGAUGAGAUGUAGAAGUUGAUCCGAGGGACGCUCCAAGCACGGAUUAUUAGACACCCAGUGUCUAUUUUCCAGUCCAGUUCUAUCAGUGAAGAAAACUGUAGCUAGCCAUUUUGAUGUGGCACUAUUUUCCAGUCUAGUUCCUUCGUUCUUCUUCCCUGAUUGCACACGUCGCUCGGUUCCGUCACAAUGAACAGCUCAAGCCGCAGCCCGCUGGCAAGUCGUUGUCCCUUGGUCGCCUUACCAGUGAGCCGCAAUUGCGUCGUUGCCUUUACAGAGAGUCGCGAUCCCGUCGUUGCCCUCCCAGUGAGUCGCGAUCCCGUUGCCGCCUUCCCAUUCGCGGCUUCUUUGCGGUCCCUUCGUCGCCUUCUCAGUGAGCCGCAAUUGCCUUUGUUUUUAUAGCGAGCCACGAUCCCGUCGUUGCCUUCCCAGCAAGUCGCGAUUCCGUUGUUGCCUUCCCAACGAGUAGCGAUCCCGUUGUUGCCUUCCCAGUCGUGGCUGCUUGAUCGGGGUGUGCGGCAAUCAUGUGCUCACUCUUAGUUUUGUGUGUAGCGAUGCUCGUGUUGGACGGCCAAAUUUGCUUUCAGGUUGAUGGCUGCUUUAUUGAAGGUUGAAUUCAUGAACGAGUCUUAGAAGCUCUAAAUCUUGAUGGCCUGAUAGUUCAUACAAGAAGUCAAGGAUGAGGAAGUUCUUUUCUUUCAGAUCUUCAUCUAGUGGUGGAAAUGACAACUUUGCUCCUUCAGAACCGAACAAGAGCAGGAAGAAGAUCAGUUCAGGAGUGACCGAGGGGAUUAAAGAUGAAACUUCCACACAGGAGAGUAUCUGUAACGUUUUUAAGACUCCGGAAGGCUGUGUUCUCAAGCCUCUAAAUCAAAAUUUGAAGGAUGAGAGAUCUUCUAAUCCACAUCUGCGAAGGAGCUUGUCUCUCACAUCUGAAGCUCUUUGCAGCCAUUUAAAGGAGGGAAGUUUUAGUUCUUCGACUGAUCAGAGCAGAAUGAUUUCCUGCUGCAAUAAUGAUCAACAUUUCGGCCGAUAUCCUCUUCGCAGCGAUGGAUCACUUACUCCAGAUAGAUAUGGAGCAGUUGAAAGAGAGAAUCUUUGGUUGAAUGCUUUUGAGAAACGAAGUUCUGCCAGUUCCUUUGGUGUUCGUCAAAAUUCUUCAGACCCUACAUCGGCUUGCAGUUCUCCAAUUCCUCUAAGAUAUUGAACAACUUGCUCAUCUCGAAUUUCUUCUCAAAACAAAGUUCUCGACCUCUAUAUUGAUGGAGAACAUAAGAUUACCAAAGGAAAAGAUGAUUCAAGAAAAUGUGUGUCUGAAACUGGGGAAGAUGGCGCCCUAGUUGAAAAUAGUAAAAUUUCUAUUUUAGGAAGGCCACCAAGAGCUUUGUGUACAGCACCAGUCUCACCUCAUCAUAGCAUAGACAAUCAUCGAUCAUACUCAUUUAGGGAGAUCAGAGAUAAGCAUUAUGAACUCCCAAGCAGGGAAUGGAUAAGUGAUGAUCUCAAGCCUGCAUUCCAACAGAAAUACUUAGAAAACAACAGUGAGAGGACAAGUGCAUUGCUUGGGAAAUCCUUUUCUGGCCAUCAGGAAUGCGACUCUCGAAUAAAUGCUCCCAUUGAAGACAUUUAUGAGAACUCGUCCGAUGCGAAUCCAGAUAGUACGUCUCAAGGAUGCUCCUUGGAUCUCAUUCCAAUCAAUGGGACGUUCAAUGGUAAUUGGUUUUAUGACCUUCACAGGAAGGUUUGUUUGUCAAGCAGAGGGUCUAAGACCUCUUGGAACGAUGAGCUAAUUAACUCUAAGCUUCAAGAGAAUGCCAUCAAUGAGGAUUUGCUUAAAAAGUUGAAGGAGGUGGAGGAAAAUUACUCUUUGUUUACUGAAGAGGAUCCUGAAUCUGAGAGGUUUGGUUACCAAAGUUUAAACAAAGCAGCAUUACUCGAGAACAUAAUGAAGCUCAAAGAAAAUAGGAAACAUUUGGCUGCCGAACUCUUUUCACAAUUAAGGAGUCGACUGGCAGAGAGGUCUUUUGCAAAUGAACUUUUGAAGCAAUCUAAGUUGGAGCUGAAUACACGAACUCGGAGGCUGGAGAACGAAAAGAAUGAACUGCAGCUGAGUUUGGAGAAUGAGCUUGAUAGAAGAUCUAAUGAAUGGUCAUUAAAGCAAUCCAAGUUCCAGUCUGAAGAGCAAAGGCUGCGUGAGCGGGUAAAAGAGCUUGCUGAGAAGAACGUAUCACUUCAAAGAAUAAUCUCUUCAUUUCAAGAUACUGAACUGGAGACAAGAAACAAUGUAAUGAAUAUAGAGAGGCAGUUGAAUGAAAGCAGAGCAAGCCAAGAUGAGCUAGAAGCAGAAAGCCUUAAUCUUCAUCAAGCCUUGUUGGAGCUGCAGGAGCGCUGCAAUGGUGCAGAGGAACAACGGGACCAACUUAAAAAAAGCUUCAAGGAGGUAGAAAGGGAUAACAUGGAGUUACGGAAGUUGGUGGGUAGAUUACAAAGAUCGUGUAGCGAACAAGAUAAAACAAUUGCUGGACUUAGACAGAGUUGUAGUAGCGAACUUGAGAAGCUAUUCUUAGAGGGAGAUACUGACGUUGUUCAGCUACAGACUGAGAAAAUAAGGUUGACGGGUGUGGAGCAGAAGCUCAGGAGUGAGCUGGAGUCUUGCAGAAUUGAAACAGAAUCCCUGCAGAAUGAGAAUAUUCGUCUUUUGAAUCGCUUACAAGGAACUGAAAGUAGAUAUAAUCUCUCAUUGGUGAGGCUUAAUGUAGAGCUUCAUGCAUGGUUAGAAUGCUUAAAGAUGAAGAGCUUGUCAUUGCUUGAUGAUAGUAGCCAUUUUUGUGGCCAGUUGUUAGAUUUAAUUGCUUGUAAGCGCUCUGAGAAUUGCGAAAAUGCUAACAGUGAUUCUGAUUCAUUUUGUGCUGUUGAUCUGACUUUUAAGUAUCAAGAUUUAACAAGAGCAAUAGGAAGUUUUAGAAGAAGUUUAAAAACAGUUUCAACGACAUUGGAGGAAAAAGAAAGCAUCCAAACAUCGCAAUGCAUAUGUAAGAAUACAGAAAUGGAGCCAUCAAAGCAGCAGGAGGGUCACAGAUCAGAGAAUGACAUGGAAGUGGAACUGAAGGCAGAAACUAUAUUAACUAAACUAUUAAGAGAGAAGAUUUAUUCCAGAGAACUGGAAAUUGAGCAAUUACACAGAGAUUUGGCAUCUUCAGUUAGGAAAUGUGAUCUGCUUAGCUCUGAUAUCCAGAGGCUAAUGGAUGAAGUCUCCUGCCUUAAACAGAAGAAAAGGGAUAUGGAGAUUCAGAUGUCGAAAAAAGAUGAAAAUUUCCUGCUGCUGCAGCAAGAUCUACAAGCAUGCGCGAAAGACUUGGCUGCUACGAGAAGCUUGGUAACGAAUUUAUCAGAGGAGAGAGAGCACAUCUGGGAGGAAAUGAAGCAGCUGAGGGAGAAGAACAUGAUUAUGGAUUGCGAGCUUAAAUGUCUACAAAAAAAGAUUGAAUUGCUUGAUGAAGAUAUACUUUAUAAAGAAGGACAAAUAUCCAUUCUGAAGGACAGCCUGGGGAACAAGGCUUUUGACAUUAUUUGCAGUCCCGUCAAGAGAAGAAUUUAACUUCGAUAAUCAGAGUUGCAAUGUUCAGGUUCAUGGAUGCUGGCGCUCCUUCUGUGCGUCGCAUUGAAGUUCAACCUUCGAUGAACAAACAAACAAACGAUUACGCUGUUGAUGAUUCUUUCAUUGCCUGUUCAUAUUCUGUUACACCAUUGUUUGCGUUUUCCUUUUUUAUUUUUUUGGGGUACCAUUUUCUUACUCUAGUUUCUAUAAAUCGAACGGCGUGGCCGUUGAUAUAUCGGAGUCCAUAUGUUGUUUUUUUUUUUUUCCUGAUCUAAAGAUCAUAUAAUUUCUUCAUGGACAUAUUCAUCAGUCUAAAUCAUCAAAUCCCAUUUCAGUUCUUGGAUCAUUUGGCUGUUAGGAGUUGAACAGCUAAAUAGUAUUCAUACAAAUUAUCU